AAAGAGUCGUGGGAAAACGAGAGAGAUGUGUUCACGACACCAGGAAUGAGACACGAAAACCUCCUGAGGUUCAUCGCCUCGGAGAAUCGAGGGAGUCACCUGGAGGCCGAGCUGUGGCUCAUCACCGAGUUCCACGAGAGGGGCUCCCUGUGCGACUUCCUGAAGGGAAACGUGCUCAGCUGGUCCGAGCUGUGUCACGUCUCAGAGUCGAUGGCGUGCGGCCUGUCUUACCUCCACGAGGACGUCCCCCGACAGAAAGGAGAGGGACCCAAACCAGCCAUCGCUCACAGGGAUUUUAAGAGUAAGAACAUCAUGUUGCGUUCGGACCUCACCGCCGUCAUCGGUGACUUUGGUCUUGCCGUUCUCUUCGAGCCGGGAAAACCACCUGGAGAGACACACGGACAGGUGGGGACUUGGCGGUACAUGGCUCCAGAAGUUUUAGAAGGAGCCAUCAACUUCCAGCGAGACGCCUUCCUGAGAAUCGACAUGUACGCCAUGGGUCUGGUGCUGUGGGAGCUGGUGUCCCGCUGCAAGGCUGCUGACG